ACAAGCAAACCGCCGGCAGCCUAAUUGGCAGCCUCAAUAUAUAACUUCUCCAGCUGUGAACAUGGCCUGCAAAUGCGAAUCUGGUAACUAGCCCCAAAAAGUCAAAAGCCAUUCCCCUAUCCAGACAGUGCGCUUCUCUUUAAUACUGAAAGCGACCCAUUGGGAAAAAGGCGAGGGAUUUCUUGGAUCACAGAGUUUCCAAUGUCCUAACUGGGAAGAAAUCUUGAUGCCAAAAGUGCUGUAGUUAAAUUUCCUCACUGGAUCCCAAUAAACAGCAAAGAGAGCUUGCUCCAGCUAUUUUAACCAAACAUGGACGGUCCAAAGGGCGACUGGGAUCAUGAAGGGCAAAGGAACAGCAGGCCGAGGAAAAGAGGUUGUCUUAUAGCAAUCGUAACCCUAAUUCUUGUUGCAGCCCUCAUUGCAGUCAUAGUAGUUGUAAUUCACCAGAACAAUCAGGACAAGGAAAGUAAUCCAGCUCAAAUAGGCACUAUACCUCCGCCCAUAUUCUGGCCGCCUCCUGUAAAUCCUUCUCCCUAUAUUCCUCCGCCCACAACUUCCCCCUCCGUCCCGCCGCCCACAAACUCUCCGCUCAUUCCACCGCCACCAAACUCUCCACUCAUUCCACCGCCGCCAAAUUCUCCGCUCAUUCCACCGCCGCCAAACACUCCGUCCAUUCCACCGCCUGCAAACACGCCGCCGGUCACCUCACCGGCCGUCUCGUCGACCAUCGUUAGUGCCUGCGAGAGCGCCUUAUACAGAAAUGUCUGUAUUUCUACCUUAUCGUCAUACCCAGGUGCAUCACAUGCAAAUCUGUCCCAGUUAGCCGGUAUCGCAGUGGAACUAAGCUUGGACGAGGCCACGAAGGCCUAUAAGUUUGUGGAUGAUCUUAGGGCGCAAUCAACAAACACAAGCAACCAAAAUGCUCUCAAAGAUUGCGCAGACCUUAUGAAGGAUACAGUGGAUCAGCUCAACAGUUCGUUGUCAACAUUAACGCAUCUGAGUUCGGGCUCUUUUCAGAGCGCUAUAGGAGAUGUUCAGACUUGGGUAAGCGCAGCGUUAACUAAUCCGUCUACCUGCAUAGAAGGUUUUCAGGAAGUGAAUGCGAACAUGGCUCCAAUAAUUAAGGCCAGAACGGAAAAUGUGACGGAGUACAUGAGCAAUGCUCUUGCUGUUAUCAACAAGCUGUCGAUCACAUGAUUUAGGUGAAUCUCGCAUGUUGGUCAGUAAAAACUUCAAUUGCUUUGUGAAUAUCCAUUGAGGAGAUGAUGUAUGUUUUAUAAAUCUGUGAUAUGUUCAAUUACGAAGAUUUCUGCGUAAGUGUAAUAAAAUCCGGAUCCUGUGUUCUUGAAGAAAAAUAAUUCUUGCUCAAUAAAAUUGUGUAUGCUUUUCCUUUUC